GUUAUUAUUUAUAGACGUGUGUUUUGAGCUGCAGGAUGUUUAGUUGGGUGGUGAAAGUUGUUCCUCAACCCCCGGAGAAGAAUGCAAAGCUAGAAGAGGAAGGCAAAGGCGAUACACUUCAAACAUCAGAACAAAAAGCACCAGUUAAAGAGCAAGAGGUGAAAAAAGCAGCCAAUCCUGCUAAGCCAAAAGAAGAUGAAGUCUCAGAAGAAAACAGGACUCAGGGUGGUGUAUUGGCCUGGAUCUCUCAGGGUUUGACCAGUGCCCUCCCCCAGCCUGCAGCAGACAGUGAUGCCAGGCAACAGGAGGAAGACUGCAAUAGUAAAGUGAAUGAAGAGACAGGGGUGAUAAACUGGAUUGUGCAGGGAUUAGGCAAAGUGGUUCCACAACCUGAUGACAAGCAGAAACAGCAGACAGAAUCCCAGGAGGUGACUGAGGUUCCAAAAGUGGUGCCAGAAGUAAAGGUGGUGCACACUGAGAUUAAAGUGGUUAAAGUGGAGCCUGAGCCUGAGCCUCCACCUCAAGUCCCUGUGGUGGAGGUGGUUUCUGAUGCAGAGCCUGAAGGAGACAAGCCGUUAACUCCCAGGGUGAUGGAGUGGAUAAAGCAUGGUUUGGAGAAGGUUGUUCCACAGCCGGGACACUCUCCAUCUAUUACAGACACUUCAGAUAAAAAAGAACCUGCUACUAAUACUGCACCUCCAAAGGCACCUGAUCAAUCAGCAGCUGAGGAUGCAACCAAGGGAACAAAUGUGGAGGAGGAAUCCAACGUGGUUAGCUGGAUUGCGCAGGGACUCGGUCGCAUUAUGCCACAGCCUGUUCUGAAGCCAAAAGAGGACACUUUGGAUACAGUUCAGAGCAUUUGCAUCCUGCAGGAAGACUUUGUGCAGGAGGACAACCUGGUGCUGGAGGAGAAACUGGUGCUGGAGGAGAACCUGGUGCUAGAGGAGGUGGACUCAGACUGGGAGCAGCAGCAGGUCGAGCAAGCUUGUUUGCUCAAUGCCAAACUGGAGAAACAGGCUGAAGUUCAUAUGGAGGAUCAGAUUUGCCCCCUGCAGGAUGUCCUAAACAACACCAUACCUGAUAUCUUCAUCACACAGCAGGAGGAUGCUGAGACACAAACAGAGCGCUGGACUCCUCUAAUAGAGAACAUUAGACGCGAGGCUGAGGAAGCUGCCUUGAUCUCCAUACAAGAGAGGCUGGAGCGUGAGCGUCUGGAGGCGGCGAGGAUAGCGGAGGAGUUGGCACGCCAGGCUGCUGAAUUGGCAGUAAGACAGCUGGAGGAGGAACACACUGUAAUCAGAGUCACAGAGUCAGAACGUGUGUCUGAACCAGACAGUGGAGAGCAACUUUCCAAUAUCCAGGAGGAAGAGAAUGAAGAUGACCCAGAGUGUCUUGUGGAUGUGUGCCCUGUUGAGGAGCUUAAAACAUAUAAAACUGAGAUUACAGCGCAGAUCACACAAAAAGAGGAGUCACCCGAGCCACCUCCUCCAAAGGAAUUCACUCCUGCAAGUCAACCUGAGAUAGAACACGCCCCACCACGAGAGUCAGCUGUCGAACCAGAACCUGAUGGAGAAGAUCAUGCUAUAGCAAAGACCCCUUCACCUGUAGUGUCUCCAGUCAUAAUCACUCAGCCAGAAACAGCUGCUUCAGGUCCCUCUACUCCAGCUGUUGUACAGGAAGAUGAGGCAUUUCAAGAGGAAUGUGGAGAAUGUCCUCAUGUGAGUGUAGAGGAAGUUGAUGAUGGAUCCAUUCCUAUCGUACCUCAAAUUGUUGAACCCCAGGAGUCGAACGGUGUCAGCCUCACUGUUCCCGUUCCUGUGAUGGCCACGCAGAGGAGGGCUUUCCAGCCAGACGAACAAGUUGAAGAGGAAGAAAAGGAGAAAGAGGAAGAUCUGACCCCCCGGCAUGGCCUCCUCACUGUGGAGGAAGAUGGUUCUGAGCGUCCUCUCUCUUCGGCCAGUCAGACAAGUGUUGUGGUUAACGAACGUCUGCAGGAGCUGAUCAAGCUGUUUAAGGAACGAACAGAACGUACUAAAGAGAGGCUGAUUGACCCAGAUGAGUCUGAAGAAGAGAGUCCCUCAGCAACACCUACCAAAAAGGCCGCCGCACCUCCACCUCCUCCACCUCCUCCCCCUGAGGAGAAGAAAGAUGUUCCUGCUGAUGAUGAGAGUGACGAGGAGCAGUUCCUGGAGUUCAUGGGCUACCAAGUCAAAGUGCCCAAGGUGCCCCCCAUGCCAGACUGGCUGAGAGCCAUCGUGGAGUAUCGUUUCCCUUCCAGCAUCGAUCCUUUCACUGAUUUGAUCUAUGUAGUGUGGCUGUUUUUCGUGAUGUGUGCUUGGAACUAUAACGUGUGGCUGAUCCCGGUGCGCUGGGCGUUCCCAUAUCAAACUCCAGAGAACAUCCACCUGUGGCUGCUAGCUGACUAUUUAUGUGACACCAUCUACAUCCUGGACAUUGCGGUCUUUCAGCCCAGGCUACAGUUCGUCCGUGCGGGAGAUAUAGUGUGUGAUAAAAAAGAUAUGAGAGAAAAUUACAUGAAAACGGAACGGUUUAAGAUGGACAUGAUCAGUCUGUUGCCCCUGGAUGUUCUGUACUAUUUCACAGGCGUUAAAUCCAUUCUGCGCUUCCCGCGCAUUUUAAAGUACAUGGCAUUCUUUGAAUUUAACGAUCGUCUGGAGGCAGUGAUGAAAAAAGCCUACAUUUACAGAGUGAUCCGGACCAGCGCGUACUUGCUCUAUUCACUGCAUUGCAACGCCUGUCUGUUCUACUGGGGCUCUGACUAUGAGGGCCUUGGCUCCACUAAAUGGGUCUAUGAUGGCAGAGGCAACAGUUAUAUCCGUUGCUACUACUUUGCUGUAAAAACUCUGAUCACUAUCGGAGGUCUCCCAGAUCCCACGACGGUCUUUGAAAUCGUCUUUCAGCUAGUCAAUUACUUUGUGGGUGUGUUCGCUUUCUCGAUUAUGAUUGGUCAGAUGAGAGAUGUUGUAGGAGCAGCUACUGCAGGUCCGGCGUACUACAGGUCAUGUGUGGACAGCACGGUAAAUUACAUGACCGCCUAUAGAAUACCACGUGAGGUUCAGAACAGAGUCAAGACCUGGUAUGACUAUACCUGGCAAUCACAAGGCAUGUUGGAUGAACAGGAGUUGCUCAUACAGCUGCCUGAUAAGAUGCGUCUGGACAUUGCAGUGGAUGUGAACUACACCAUUGUCAGCAAAGUGGCCCUCUUCCAAGGUUGUGACAGACAGAUGAUAUUUGACAUGUUGAAGAGACUGAAGUCUGUGGUCUACCUCCCAGGAGACUAUGUGUGUAAGAAGGGUGAGAUCGGCAGGGAGAUGUAUAUCAUCAAAGCUGGAGAGGUGCAGGUGGUUGGAGGCCCUGAUGGUAAAACUGUGUUUGUCACUUUGAGGGCCGGAUCUGUUUUCGGGGAAAUCAGCUUGCUGGCAGUAGGUGGAGGAAAUAGGCGCACAGCUAAUGUGGUAGCACACGGCUUCGCUAACCUUUUCAUCCUGGAUAAAAAGGACCUCUCUGAGAUCUUGGUGCACUACCCAGAGUCCCAGAAAAUACUACGCAAGAAGGCCAAGAAGAUGCUAACAAAGGAUACAAAGCCACAAGAAGAGAAGGGUGUGGGUAAGGAAUCUGGUCAGGUGAUCCCAUUACGACCAGAGACUCCCAAACUGUUUAAGGCCGCCCUGGAGGUGGGCAAAGGAGAAACGUUCGCCAAACUGAAAGAGACCUACAAAGAUGCUGGAGCCACACUACAGCCUUCCAGCAGCACAGCAGCACCCGUGCCCCCUCCCUCACCCAUUCACCGUCGAUCACCCAUGCAGCGCACAGUCACACAGGACGACGAUGAUGACCUGGUGACACAGACCACGGACAGCACGGUGAUCAUCCGCAUGAUCCCACGCCAACACGGAGAGGAGAUCCUCAGUGUUGAAAUGGCGGAGGAAGAAGAUGGAACAGCUGAGAAGACUGAUCAGGAGGAGAGGAAAGAAGAAUAGAAGUUGCGAGAAAGAAUGAGAAAUUAGGGCUUGAGGCUGAGGAAUAACCUAUUAUUAUUAUUAUUAUUAUUAUUAUUAUUAUUAUUAUUAUUAUUAUUAUUAUUAUGCUUUUAGUAUUAUGGGCAACUAUUCUAACUGAAUCCAAACCAAAGCGGCAUUUGCUAUUUAAUUAAGCUUAGUGAUGCUUUUCUGUUUUAAAGUCAUAGCUAACUUUAGCAUUAGAUGAGCUUUAAAAUAAGGAGGUGUGCGUGUGUGAGUGAGUGUGUUAUGGAACCUGAUUUCUUUUUCCUAUAAAACACACUGCUCUGAUUUCAGGAAUGCUACCUUGCCUGCUUUUAAACUGCCAUGCUGUCUUCCAUUAUAGCCCUAGCUAUAUGUAAGCAAAUACACUCACAAACACACAUCAAUAUGCACACAUUUUCUGGCCUUUACAGCAAAGCAACAUAGAUCUCAUAGUUUUUGCAUUACAGUCAUUGCACUAUGACAAUUUAAUUGUGUAUGUAUGGUAGAUACACUACUCCAGCAGAGACAGGAAGGUUAGUGUAUGUUAGCCUGGCACCAUUUUUAGUUCUGUCUAUCAGAUAAAUCUUGAUUUCAGCAUGUACCUAUAGUACAGAAUACCCAAGCCGUCAGCCAAUCUAACAAUAAUGUAAAAAAUCAACAGACAAGGGAUUUUCUCUGUGUGCAUGUUUUUCUCUGUGAGCUCCUGUAGCCCUUCUGCAUAAUACUACUACGUGAAUAUUAAAGUUUAAAUGUUAAAUGAGAUACAAAGACAUUACAGCUUAAAAUGGUGAGGUAAUAAGCAAUCAUUACGGCACGCAUUAUCUUAAGAGGGUCUUUUAUUUUGGUGGCUAAUGCUGCAUUCGACUAAAACUCAUGACUUGUGAAUUUCUGACCUCCAUCUAGAAAAAACUAAAAAACAAAUGAUACUAGAAAUUCCUACCUGUAAACUUGAGACAGUUUCCUCAACCCUGAGUUCAGCAAGUGACAUCAAAUCAACAUGGCGCUCACAGCAUCAACAGUAAAUAAAGUAGCACUUUAAAAGCAGUAAGUGACUUCUGAGCUGUUGUCACUUUUAUCACAGGAGAAACAACAUAAUAGCUCUGUUAUAUAUGACACUGUUCAUUUGUAAAAACACCUAACUGAACGCUGUAAUUCCAGAUUUGGAAAAAAACCUAUUCAUACAUACCAACUGUACAGAGUUCUUCAAAUAUGGCACUUGAGUUCCACUGUCCUGCAGAGUUUAGCUCCAACUCUAAUCGAACACAUCUGAACAAGGUAACCAUAGGUCUUCAGGAUUACUACAAAACUACAGGCAGGUACGUUUGGAAGUUGAAGCUAAACUCUGCAGGCUUGAAGAUCCCUGUGAUAGAUCAUGCUUCACUGUUGCCAAUAUCAAAUGUAGUAACAUUUUAGACCUAUUGUAUAUCAAUUGUAUGUCAAUCAUAAACAUAAUUACUGUAAAAUACUGUUCAUUUUGAUUAUUUGUUUUGCUUAUAUAUAGUAAAUCUGUUCAUUUCUGAAAAUGCAUGAAUAAAGCAGGCUUUUCCUCA